AUGACCCGACCCCGCGAAGAGCUGAGGGACGGUGGUCAAGGACGGUCGAAGAAUUUCACGGUAGCCCGUCUGACGCGUAGCCGCAGAAUGACUCCACGGCGCUGCGCAAUGGAAAACAAUAGUGAUACAGACAAACAGCGCAGUCGUGGCUUGCAUAUGGGAGUAACCACUCCCAACAAUCAGGCAACACGCUGGCAGAAUGACCGCGAGGGCUCCACCGACUUCAGACCGAAUACGGUUGAAAGCAAACAGACGCGUGACGUGGGCAAAGAUGACCGGGAUUACGGAUUUCUCGUAAUCAGGAAUGAGCAGAAUCCGCAGUGUUGGAGAGAACGGGCGCUUCUUCACGAAUCGGAACGUCCGCAGUUGUCUUGUAAGAGUAGAUUCGGAAAUGACCCAGCAAAGACCAAGAUCCUAGUUCUGACCUCCACGGAUAGCUGCAGCGAGACUUAUCCAGCGGUAAUCGAAUGGAAGCGGCUCGAAGUCACCGGUGUAAAUUCGAUGAAUCUCGGAUCGGUCGAAGUGAAUGUGCGCGCCGUCGCAGUGUCUCAGCGGGUUCUCCCAGGAGAAAAGCUCAGCGUCUCCAGAGGAGGGGUAAUCUGA